GAUUGAGUCGGGGCGUGUCACCAUGGAGACGGGGCCGGUCGCGUACUCGCCUGCCAUUGGCUGGGACUCCUGAGCUGGGGAUAUAAGCCAGCGCGUUGCAAACAAUGCGCUGUGUGGAUCGUACCCGGUGACUGGCGGUAGCUUAGCUCAGUGGAGUAGGUCUGAGCGGAGAAGGGCAAACUGAUCGAGAGGGCGUCGGCGGGACCAUGGACGACGGAUUCAAGUAUGAAGAUUAUCAGAACACUGCAAAAUGGCUUUUGUCUCACACCAAACACCGACCUCAAGUGGCGGUGAUCUGUGGUUCUGGGUUAGGAGGUCUGAGUGACAGAUUAACUCAGGCCCAGAUCUUUGACUACAGUGAAAUACCGAACUUUCCCAAAAGUACAGUGCCAGGUCAUGCUGGCCGACUGGUGUUUGGGAUCUUGAAUGGCAGAGGCUGUGUGAUGAUGCAGGGCAGGUUCCACAUGUAUGAAGGCUACCCGCUCUGGAAGGUGACAUUCCCAGUGAGGGUUUUCCAUCUUCUGGGUGUGGACACUCUAGUGGUCACCAAUGCAGCUGGAGGGCUCAACCCCGAGUUUGAGGUUGGAGAUAUCAUGCUGAUCCGCGAUCACAUCAAUCUACCUGGUUUCUGCGGUGAGAACCCUCUCAGAGGGCCCAAUGAUGAAAGGUUUGGAGUUCGUUUCCCUGCCAUGUCUGAUGCCUACGACCGGGAUAUGAGGCAGAAGGCUCACAGUACCUGGAAACAAAUGGGAGAGCAGAGAGAGUUACGGGAAGGAACCUAUGUGAUGGUGGCAGGCCCCAGCUUUGAGACUGUGGCAGAGUGUCGUCUGCUGCAGAAGCUGGGAGCAGAUGCUGUUGGCAUGAGCACAGUACCCGAAGUUAUAGUUGCAAGGCACUGUGGACUUCGAGUCUUUGGCUUCUCCCUCAUCACUAACAAGGUCAUCUUGGAUUAUGAAAGCCAGGAGAAGGCCAAUCACAAGGAAGUACUAGAGGCCGGGAAGCAAGUUACGCAGAAAUUGGAGCAAUUUGUCUCCAUUCUUAUGGCUAGCAUUCCACUGCCUGACAAUGCCAGUUAACCAGCCCUGGAGUGGUCUGGCAUCUCCCUUCUGGGAUCCAAGGAGCUGCUACCUACUUUGGCCUCUUGCUGGAGUCACGUGCCUCUGCCCUUAGGUAGUGGCAGAAAGGAGUGUCACCUGCCCUGCUUCUCCCACCAGACCUUUCUGAUACAGAGUGCUCUUCUGCUCAGCUGUCAUCACAAAAUGAUUUCCACCCCUAUUCCUCUUCAAGAGCCCAAGCCCUACCACACAUCCAGGGAUUUGACUUGGGGCUGUCGAACUCAGCCUAUUAGCUACUGCUAGCUUUUUGAGAUGAUCCUCUUACAUUCCUGGGGGCUCAGCUCUGCUCCUCAAAGCACUGGAGACCACACAAGGAACAGCCUCUUCCUUUUGGAGUUUUAUACUUCAUAUUUUGAGAAUAAAGAGAAAGAUGAAAUAAUUUCUUUAUUUUUGUGUAAUUUGGGAUAAGGGUGGGGCACAGGCCAAGACUGGCAUGAAACCAAUCAUGAGACCACAUGUCUUGUGGUUUGACUCUCUGCCUCUCAGACAGCUAAGAAUUGAGGUAGAUGGUAUGUGAAUGCAGGAAAGGAUGGAGGAAAGGCAAAGAGGUGAAAGACAGUGUUAGAAGAUAAGGAAGGACUGUACAUGAUGGCCACUUCCCUCAGAUCAGUCUUGCCUCUGUCCUUUUGCUUUCUGGUUGUUUCUCUCUCUGUCAGCUCUCGUGAAUCUCUGAAUUCGUUCACUGAUCUCAGCUUAUGUUCCACAGUUGCCACAUCCUUGGUAAGCCCUAAUUGUAUUUCUUGUUGGUUUCCUUCGGUUCCCCCCCCACCGCCGCCGCUAACCUCUGCCAUAGUUCGUGACACCCAUACAUUCUGUCACUCCAUUCUGACAGUGCAGUGGCAAAUACCCCUUUCUCUGCUGCCGGCAGCUCCACUGCUGAUUAGCGUCCUGCCAGCCCCUGUGAAGUUGACUCACUCUGGCCUCUUCUCUUGGAGCACUUCCUUGCCUCCUAUUGCUUUCUUCCUGGGUGUUAGUUUUCCUUUUCACCAUUCUUGGUCAGAACCUCCCUGUGACAGGAGCCUAGGCAUUACCUUUUGUUGGCCCAUUGCACUGCUGGCGCUUAUCAACUUGCAUUCAGCUGGCUGGCACGUUUGAAAAUCAUACUAUCCCCACCCACUCAGGCCUGUUUGCCUUUCGACAGCGGGUAGAGCUGGAUGACUCUACAACAGUGGUAACAUUUCAGUUAGUAGUAUAACAUGGAAGAGGUGGGAUUCCCUGGUGGCGCAGUGGUUGAGAAUCCGCCUGCCGAUGUAGGAGACGCUGGUUCGUGCCCUAGUCCGGGAAGAUCCCACAUGCCGCGGAGCGGCUGGGCCCGUGAGCCAUGCCCGCUGAGCCUGCGCGUCCGGAGCCUGUGCUCCGCAACAGGAGAGGCCACAACAGUGAGAGGCCCGCGUACCACAUAAAAAAACCCUGAAACAUGCAAGAGGCAUUUUGGCAGGAAAGCUUUCGAAAACUUUCAAAUCAUCCUUUGUUUGCUACCUGACCUACCUAGCUGAGCCCAGCACAAAGAAAAGGUACCCUGAAGUGGCCCUGUAACUACUCUUCUUUUCAUCCGUUCUUUGUACCUUCAUCCACCUCUAAAACCCUACCUGGCAAUCUGCUAGCGUCUGUCAUUUGUCUCUGAGAGAGCUGGUGUAGAGGGAAGGACUGUGCAUCCUUUAGAUACAUACACAUCACAGUAACUUGUUCAUCUGAUGAGAUGCUUAUAGACAUUUUUUAAAUUUAUUUUUUUAAUUGAAAUAUAGUUGAUGUACAAUAUUCUAUGUUAUAGAUGUACAAUAGUGAUU